AUGACCACUUCCAUGUCAUGGCUAGAUCUCUGGCUGGCUGGUACUGCCAUUUAUCUCAUUAAAUGCAUCGUAUCAAAGAAGAACACACACCCCUUCCCCCCAGGCCCAAAACCCCUUCCCCUCCUCGGUAACCUUCUGGACAUGCCUUUCGAAAAACAGUGGCUUGCAUUCUCUGAUUGGGCUGAGAAGUUCGGUACCAUGAUAUACUUGAAGAUAUUUGGCCAACAUAUCAUUGUCCUCGACUCUGCAAAUGCUGCCGUCGAAGUGCUUGAAAAGAACAGCUCAAUCUAUUCUGACCGUCCCGUCUUUCCCAUGGGUGGCGAGCUAGUUGGAUGGAAGGAAGGCCUUGUCCUCAUGCCCUAUGGAGACAAGUUCCGCGAACACCGCCGGAACUUCCACCGUGUCCUUGGCAACCGCGCUGCUGUUUCUGUAUACCAUCCUAUCGAGGAGGCGGAGACCCAUAAGUUUUUGCAACGCGUCCUGGCCAAGCCUGCUGACUUGAAUGCCUACCUGCGCAUGCACAUUAAAUGGGCUAUUAUUUUGCGUAUUUCACAUGGGUAUUGUAUCCAGGAAGGUGGUGAUCCUCUCGUGGACCUUGCUGGGAAGGUCUUAGAUGACUUCGCCCAAUACACUGCUGUAGGUACCUUCAUGGUCGAUAGGAUCCCUGCUCUGGCGUAUCUUCCAGAGUGGUUCCCUGGUGCUGGCUUCAAACGCAAAGCAAGAGAGUCGCGUGUAGAGCUCCACGAUAUGUUUAACCAGUCAUUCGAGUUUGUCAAGGAGCAGAUGGCUGCUGGAGUUGCUCGUAAAUCAGUCGCCUCAGACCUGUUGGAACGCAAAACAUCGACUGAAGAAGAGCACGGUAUCAAGUGGUCAGCUGGGGUGAUGUUUGCCGGCGGUACAGAUACAACUGUUGCUGCGAACCUCGCAUUCUUCUUGGCCAUGACACUCUACCCGGAAGCUCAAAAGAAAGCUCAGGCAGAGAUAGAUGCCGUUAUUGGUUCUGACCGUCUCCCCACUCUUGCAGAUCGUGAAUCUCUGCCUUAUGUUGAUGCUCUUGCCAAAGAAGUCCUCCGUUGGCAUGUUGUCGUUCCCGUCGUAUUACGUUGCUCGACUGUUGACGACAUUCAUAACGGCUACUAUAUUCCCAAAGGAACUCUGGUGGCAAGCAAUGUCUAUCGCAUGCUGCAUGAUCCCUUGACCUACCCCGAUCCCAUGGAAUUUAAUCCCGAUCGCUUCCUUCCCGGGGAGGGUAAGUCAUUACAAACUGAUCCGCGCAACAUGUGCUUCGGCUUUGGGCGACGGUUAAUGAAUGAAUUUGAAAUACCUACAGGCAUGCACCUUGCCGACACUUCGGUGUGGAUCAUGGUAGCCAUGUCACUUGCUAUCUUUGAUAUCUCGAAGGUGGUUGAGAACGGACUUGAGGUCAUUCCGGAAAUUAAUCCCAUGAGUGGUGCCAUCAGUCACCCCAAGCCAUUCAAGUGUUCAAUCAGAGCCCGAUCUGCGAAGGCUACUGAGCUCAUCCAACAGGAUCCUCACUACUGA